UCUCGUUCUCGCUUGCAGGUGGCUCUCCGCAUCCGUCCCAUCAACGAAGCCGAGUUGGAGGAAGGCGCAACGGUCAUUGCUCACAGAGUGGGGGAGCAGAUCGUGGUUCUGAUGGAUCCCAUGGAAGAUCCAGAGGAUAUCUUGCGUGCCAAUCGGUCAAGGGAGAAAACCUUUAUUUUUGACAUGGUUUUUGGUCCCCAAGCAACACAGGAGGAGGUCUAUUUGUCCACUACUAAAAACCUCAUAGAAGGUGUCAUCUCAGGAUACAAUGCAACUAUUUUUGCAUAUGGUCCCACAGGGGCUGGGAAAACCUACACUAUGCUGGGGAUGGAUUCAGAACCUGGAAUUUACAUCCGUACCCUCAACGAUCUCUUUCAAGCCAUUAAGGCCACAGGAGAUGACAAGGAUUAUUUGGUCUGCAUGUCGUACCUGGAGAUUUAUAAUGAAGUUAUUCGUGACCUCCUGAAUCCAUCCAUGGGCUACCUUGAGCUAAGAGAAGAUUCCAAAGGAUGCAUUCAGAUUGCAGGAAUAACGGAAGUCUCAACCACGAAUGCCCAGGAAAUUAUGCAGUUGUUGACCAAAGGGAACAAGGAGCGCACUCAGGAGCCCACAGCUGCCAACAAGACUUCUUCACGAUCGCAUGCUGUUCUGCAAGUGUCCGUGAAGCAGACCAGCCGAGUGAAAGACAUCGGUGAGGAAGUGCGUGUUGGGAGGCUCUUCAUGGUUGACCUGGCUGGAUCAGAAAGGGCCGCUCAGACACAAAAUCAGGGCAAAAGGAUGAAGGAGGGGGCCCAUAUCAACCGGUCGCUCCUUGCUCUAGGGAAUUGCAUCAAUGCGCUGAGUGAAAAGGGGGCCAGCCGAACACAAUACAUCAAUUUCCGAGACAGCAAACUUACCCGUUUGUUGAAGGACUCCCUGGGGGGCAACAGCAAAACAGUUAUGAUUGCCCACAUCAGCCCAGCCAGCACCUACUUUGAAGAAUCUCGGACGACUCUGAUGUAUGCCUAUCGAGCGAAAAACAUCAAAACAAGGGUGAAACGUAACCUUCUCAAUGUCUCUUACCACAUCGCUCAGUAUACCAGCAUCAUUUCUGACCUACGGCGUGAGAUUGAAUGCUUGAAGGCUAAGGUUGAAAACCAGGGGAAGGAGAAACAUCUCCUGAACUCUGGUGCCAAAGAUGCACAAGGGCAAGGGGAGGCUCCCCUGGACUUUGAAGAGUACGGCCAUCAACAGCUGCAGAAAUUACAGAAACAACUGAUGGGUGCCUUCAAGGAACAGAUGGACAUGCGACGCAGCUUAAUGGAGCUGGAGAAUUCCAACAUGGAACUCCAUGUGGACACCUCCAGGCACCUUCUCCUGAUUGCAGACUGGGAACGAGAGAGAGUUCAUCAAGCUGGCCAAAGUGCCAACACACACCAUCCAAGCAAGAAAGAAGAACAGGAGGAUUCUCUGGAGCCUGUGGAGGUCACGAUUGCCAGGGAAGAGAUAAACACACUGGUGACAGAGCAGCGGAAAACGGCUGCCUUAAAGAGGUUGGUGAAUGCCAAGAAGAAAGUUUCCCAGAUGGAGAAGCUGCUACCAAAACAGACCACCAGCAAGGACCAACGGGAAGUUCUGAGGCUCUUGUGCAAGACCCAUGAGUUGGAAGUGGGGAACACAGAGCUUCAAGCCAAUGCUUUGUACAAAGAGAACCUCCUUUGCCAGAAGGAUUUUGUCAUCCAGUGCCACCUGCAGUACCGGCAUCUCUGUGAAGAGCUUAUUCAACAGCAGUGGUCACUGAUCAAAGACCACAAUAUUCCAGUCCCGGAACCACUGGAAAAACUAUACCGCCUGUAUUUCCAUGAGUUAGAGGAAGGGACUCUGGAUCACCUGCUCGUGCUUCACUCACUGAUGUCCAGUGCAUGGCAGUUCCAUUCUGGACAGAUUCAGAGACAAGACCGCAACAGAGAGGAGAAUCAGAAAGGAUCCGUCGAUCACAGGAAAGGUUUCCUUCCGGGGCCAAAAUUUGAGUUUUCCUCAAUUGUUGUGGAUUCAGACAGUGACAGUUACCGGUCAUCCUCUAAAAACACCCCAGCAAAAAGAAAGGUGACGCACGAGUGGAAUUACACUCCUACUUUGUUUCAUUUGUUAACAACGCCGGUCCACCAGAAAAAGGCUCCAGGCAUCCCUUCACCAAAGCUUGCCUCCAAGCUACGUUCCUCAUCUUCCCAAGGUUCUGGUCGGAAAAAGUCCAGUGCAGAUGUUCCCAGUGGCCCCUUGAGUCUGAAAACUUUGAAGGAGAUGGCUGACAGCACCAAACAGAUUGCUCUGAUUGCCGCCCGCCGUCGAUCCCAGGUCCAGGAGAGAGAUCUUGGCAGGGAGAUCUCCUCCACACACUAUUUUGGGGAGGAGGAGCUGGAACUGCAGCAGCCCAGUUUCACUCCAGAACAUCGCUCCAAAGGCAUGGCCACCAUCAACAGCCUUGGAGCAAUGUUCCAGAGGAAAGUAUGGACACACCACCGGGUUCAGAAUGAAGGAGACAAAGAGCAGUCCUGGGAAAGGAAAACUGAGAAGAAGGGAUCUCUUGAAUCUCUCUCUCCCAGGAUACAAUCAGGGGAGAUCCCUAUCAGUGCCACUUUUAAGUUCUUAGAGAAGAAGGUGACAG